GAAGAUUUAUUUGGACGGCAUCUUUUUACAUCUUUAACGUUCAAUAUUUUUAUAUAUUAUUUUCAUGCGUCUACGAAUCCGCGAACUCGCUGAAAUAUCCAUGCCAUAUUGCAAAUUAAAACUGAUACGACUUGAAUAUUCAACGAGUGCGACUAUCGCAUUUGUUAUCGCCGUUGUUGUGACAGUUAAGUUUAUGUUGUUCAAUGUUGAUGUUACUUUAGUUUUCCAUGAGUUUUAUUCUAAAGAAAUGCAUUUAACAUGGUUACUGGAGGAGAUUGUUCUUGUACAGACACGGAGCCAUCCAAUUUAACAUCUUUGCGUUCGGACGACGACGUUCUCUCGGCUGUCAAUUCCGACAUAAAUACAGUCUGCGUCGAGACGGUCGACCAGGAAAACGAUGCUGCUGAAGAACCUAAAGGCAUGCAUUUUUUCGAAACGUAUUACGAAAGCAAGCUUGAAAACCAUUUAAUGUUCUUUUAGUUGUUCUUCAGUCUCGAUUUUUUUCAAUGACAAUAUCGAGAUCAUUAUGUAUCGCAUUUGUCCAAAUAGACUUCAAUUCUCCCUCGCGUCUCGAUUUAUCCUAAUGUACUGUCGUUCAUCGGUUCUAUCUUGCGCGCAGAUACGGACUGUCAAUGCUCCGAUGCAGUACCGACUUAUUGCGUAGCUACACCCGAUGCAGUACCGACUUAUUGCGUAGCUACACCCGAUGCAGUACCGACUUACUGCGUAGCUGCACCAGCAGAAGCUCCAUCCGCGGUUCCAGCUAAGCCAGGCCGUCAAUCGCAGCCGGAGAUCUCAAGAAGUCAGCCGCCGGCGACGCAAUUCCAACCGAACUUCCCGUGCCUCUGCCUUAGUCACAAAAUGUAAUGCCAUCACGCACGAUUUACGCGUUGGCCGUUUUAUCUCUCAAAGCAGAUUUAUCGUUUCAGUAACGGCUACGUUCUGCCUGUGAAAGUCAAAGAAGGUAUACAGAAACGCCGUCGGAAUUAGAAUGAGAAUCCGUUCGCUGUUACUCGCACGGGGUGUAAAAUGCUCCUCUGCCUUUGAGAUUUAUUGAUCGAAUCUUUUUAACAUCCAGAUCUGAAAUGCGAAAAUUAAUCAAAUGAAAAAAAUCGUAAAAAUCUGCGUAGAAAAGUAGAAAUUAUGCGUCAUAUUUCUGAAAGAAUUAAAUCGAUCGUAUUAUGUGCAGAGUGAGAGAUACACACCGCGCAAGUAAAUACAUUGCAAAAGAAAAGAGAAAUUGACAGAUGUGACGGUUUUAAAUAAACACUUUUAGAUAAACUGCAGCGACAGUUCUGGAAUCGUUUCAAUCUACGACGGCCGAGGAACGGAUAUUUCAGCAAAGAGGACAAGAUGUAUGAGAUAAAGCUGAAACACGUACAGUGUCCUCACUAUGCCAAGACGCGUCCUAAUGGCGUGCCGAAACAGCAUUUCAACGCGUCGCAGCCGCCACAGGAAUUCCCACCCUUUGUCGAUCGCGACGCGUCGGAAGGGAUACCGAGUAAGUACGACGCCGAUAAAUCGAAACCCGUUAAGCAUCCGACUAAAACGAAACUCAAGAGGGAGGAAGCGGCGGAGAAGAUCGAGAUCUACUACUUCGAUCACGGAAACUCCGCAUAUUAUCGAACGACCGACUGCCACCCUGUAUUGACUACGGACAAAUGCGCCGAGAAAACGGAUCAGGCUGCGACGCGCUUCUGGGCGGAGAUCUUCGGCACGAUUCACAUCGGCACCGCCUUCGUCACGGCCUUCAUUCUGCAGCUCCUGCGCUUCGUCCUCUACAGCGUGAUCCGACCGCUGACAGUCGGGGUACUCCAAAUGAUAGCCGAUUACUUCGUGAAACCGCUGCUCUCCAUUCUGUUCAACGCCCUCGUGCAGCCGAUGCUGAUUCUGCUUUACAAUAUCGCCACGUCGUUGAAGGAUCUCUGCGAACCGAUCGCCGAGGCGAUCGGUCUGUUCUUGAGGGAGAUCGCGAAUCUCUGCGCCGCGAUCCGACUCGUGGAAGUGAAGCACGUUCACACGCCGACCACCGCUUGCACCUGAGCUUGUUGGGCGGUGACGCGCAUGAAUUCAACGAGAGUUUCGAAUCGCUUCGAAACAAGUAUUAUUCGAAAUUAGAAAUUCUUAAAAAUCUUGAGAGACAAGAUAACAAUCUUAGUAAAGAUUAAGAUCGAAGAGCGUCAAAGGAUUUCUGCGAGUCGAUAGCCGUGCUCCACCCUUCGAGGAAGAUGGCAAAGCUACGUUCUCGCGAAGCGCACUUUCGACUUAUCAC